AUGGAAUCAGGUGAUGAAGAGUGGGAAUUGAAUGAAAUGGAGCGUCACGAAAACUAUUUCGAUGAGAAAUUUGAAAGGGCUGCGCAAAACUUGAGUAAAGAGACUGAACCCUCUUCUCAAUUAGCUUUGCUAAUUGAAAUUUGUGGAGUUCUGCCAGUUUGCUCAAAGGAUAUAGUCUCUCACAGCUUAGACUUGUUAUCUCCACUCCUCGUAGAUCAUGCAAAGAAAAAGAGUAACCCAGAUAUAAUGUUGUUUUCCUUAAGGGCCAUUACCUUUGUAUGUGAUUUGCAUCCUCCAGGACUUGAAUUUUUUGUUGAACAUGAUUUUGUUCCUACAUUGUGUGAAAGCUUAUUUGCUAUUCAGUAUGUAGAUGUUGCUGAACAGUGUGUCAUAGUAUUGGAAAAAAUAUCUCUAAGGCGACCACUUGUUUGCUUAAAGGCUGGAGUAGUUAUGGCUGUUCUCAACCACAUUGACUUCUUCUCAACAGACGUGAAGAGAGUGGCUCUUUCUACUAUGGUGAACUUAUGCAAGAAGCUUCCUUCUGAAAGUCCUUUACCUUUCCUAGAGGCUGCCCCUAUAUUGUGCAAUCUUUUAGGGUAUGAGGAUCAUAAGCUUGUCGAGAAUGUUGCUACCUGCUUGAUCAAAAUUGUGGAUAGUGUUUAUCAGUCCUCAGAAUUGUUGGAUGAGCUUUGUAAGCACGGAUUGAUUCAGCAGGUUACACUUCUUUUAAGUUCAAGUGCUCAGACAACCCUAUCUGAAUUGACUUACUAUGGAUUGGUAGGACUACUUGUCAAACUUUCAUCUCGAUCAUUUGUAGCCUUCAGGAAAUUAUAUGAACUCAAUAUAAGCAGCACAUUGAUAGAUAUAUUAUCUACGUUUGAGCUCACAAAUGAAGUGUCAAUGUCGCAACAGAUUGGUGGAAACUGUAAUUGGGUAUGCAGCUUAGGUUUGAUAUUGCUAUACCGUUCGUUUUAUACUUCCCUACUCCCUUCUAGCUACCGCUCGACAUCUACUUCCCUCCUCCUUCCAGCUACCGUUCGGUACUUCCCUCCUUCCUUCUGGCUACCGCUUGGCCUCUGCUUCCAACCUUCCUUCCAGCUACCGUUCGGUAGUUCCCUCCUUCCUUCCGGCUACCGUUCGGUAAAUGAAGUACUCAAACUGCUAAAUGAGCUUGUCCCUGACCGGACUAAAGAUCAAAAUGAUCAACUGGUGGUAGAUAAAGAAUCCUUCCUAGAUAAUCACUCGGAUCUCCUGCAAAGGCUUGGAAUGGAUGUGUUUCCCAUGUUAAUCAAGAUGUUAAAUUGUGGUGCGAGUUUAUAUGUUUGGCACGGAUGUUUAUCUGUUAUGUACAAGAUAGUACGUUUGAGCAAAUCCGGGGUGCAUGACGAAUUGCUCAAAAAUGUCAAUAUUUCAAGUUUUUUGGCUGAAGUAUUCACUCAAAAGGAUCAGCACAUGUUAAUGUUAGCAUUACAAAUUGCUGAGAUAAUCCUUCAAAAAUUUCCAGAUGAUUUCUUGAUAUUGUUUUUAAAGGAUGGUGUCUAUUUUGCCAUUGAUUCACUAGUAAGACAAGAAAAAAGAACUACAAAAUUGUACCCGGUGAAUUGUGGCAUUCAGUCGGACUUUAGUCAAAAAUCUGCCACAAGACAGGCCCUCAAGUGCCUAUGUUAUGCAUUUUCAAGUGGCCAUUCUUCUACGUCAUCAGAAGUCAGAAAAUGCAAGCUUGCCAAAAACUCUGUUUUUGAUCUUGCAGAGCACAUAAAGACAACUUACUUCGUUCGGGAAUUAUAUCAUUCUCAGACUGAUGCUUUACAGAAUCUCAGAACACUAUCUAAUGACUUGUUAAGCAUGUCUACGGACAAUGGUGUUCUUUCUGUGCAUGAGGAGAUGACCAAGAGUAUAUUGUAUCAAAUCAUGGACAAGCUUACUGGAAAGGAACAAGUUUCUAUUUCUGAAUUUAUUGAAAGCGGAGUCCUGAAAUCACUUGCUGAUUAUUUAUCUCAGGGUCGGUACAUGAGGAACAACAUGGGAAUACAUGAUGUUUUUAAAGAUGAUGCCGUCAUAAAGAAACGGUUUGAGACUUUGGCUACUGUCUGCUUGUUUGCUUCUCAGCCUCUCUCCUGCGAAAAAACUCUUUCUGUCUUCAUAAGGAACUUGCAGACUGCACUGACUUCAUUGGAAACUUUCCCUGUUAUUCUGAGCAGUGGACUACAACUGAGAGGUUCAUAUGUCACUGUUCCUAAGAGGCGUCACCUUCCUUACCCUAGUCUGAACGUGUGUUUUAUCAAGGUUGAGGGAGAGGAUUCCCUGAAUGAGUAUUCGAAUGGUUCUGCUAGGUUUAUUUGUACUGUUGACCCUUUUUCUUCUCAGCAUUCCAUUGAAGGAUUUUUACGGCCAAAGCUCGGUUCAAAAAGCACAGAGCAUGCUGGAUCAUCAUCCAUCCAUGCACUGUGGCAACCCGAAACUUCUCCUCAAUCACCGUUAAGUUCAAGUACAGUCCCGGUUGAAAUUCCCGUAAGUUUGGGGCACACUGACAUGAUGACGGAUCUCCCUGAAACACAGGGUUAUGAUGAAGAACUGCAGAUGAAUAUAGGACCAAACCCAGAACAAAAAAAAUGUGAACCUGCACGUUGCAGCAGUGAAGCUACUCAAAAGGUUGUCUUGUACUAUGAAGGACAACGUAUGGAUCAUAAAUCCACUCUAUAUCAGGAAAUUCUUCGGCAUGCAUUAAGACAAAAUGAUCCUUUUUCUAGCUUAAAACUGUGGACUAAAAUGCAUAAAAUAACAUUUAGAACGGCUGUUGAAAAUGAGGACAUAAUACCUCCGCAAUGUCAUUCUUCGCCUCAGGAUUCCUCUGAUGAUAAUGUAUUAGCAUAUUGUGAACAUACUCCUUUUUUCUCAGAUUUGCUCUCUGGUGAACUUGUUACUGAUUUGGAGAAGCCAAGCCCAACUUAUGAUAUUUUAUUUCUUCUUAAAAGCCUGGAAAAAAUAAACCGAAUUAUAUUUCACCUUAUGUCUCGUGAAAGAAUUUAUGCUUUUGCCAAAGGGAAUAUUGGAGACCUGGAUAGCCUAAAAAUAACAGUUCCUUGUAUUCCACAAAAUGAGUUUGUAAACACUAAGUUGACUGAGAAGCUAGAGCAGCAGAUGAGAGACCCUUUGGCGGUCUCCAUUGGUGCUAUACCAUCGUGGUGCAAUCAAUUAAUGGCUUCAUGUCCUUUCUUAUUUGGUUUUGAGGCAAGAUGCAAGUACUUCAAAUUGGAAGUACUUAGUCAAUCACAAGCUCAACCUGGCUGGUCUUACAACGGAUCAGGAUCAAUGAGUGGUUUGCGAGUGAGCCCAGGUGAAUUGCCCAGUAAGAUAUUUUUUAUUCAUCGGAACCAGAUUUUGGAAUCUACUGCAAAAAUGAUGAAGGUGCAUGGUAAUAAUAAAUCGGUUCUUCUGGUGAAAUAUAAUGGAGAAGUGGGCAGUGGUCUUGGACCAACUUUGGAAUUUUAUACCUUGGUGUGUCAUGAGUUCCAGAAACCUGGCUUGGGCAUGUGGAGAGAAGAGGUAAACUUGCAGGUUGAGGAAACGAGAAUCCGUUCUUUUCAUGGUCUCUUUCCACGGCCAUGGUUGCGAGAUACAUCUGGAGGCAUACACUUCUCUGAAGUAGAAAAGAAAUUUUUCCUUCUAGGCCAAGUUGUUGGUAAAGCACUUCAAGAUGGAAGGAUCUUAGAUUUCCACUUCUCUAAAGCUUUUUAUAAACUUAUUCUUGGAAAGGAACUCUCUCUAUACGACAUACAAUCAUUUGAUCCUGAGCUCUAUGUGGUGCUGCAAGAGUUUCAGGCGCUAGUUAUGAGGAAAAAAUAUAUGGAAUCUAUCAAUGAAAGGAAUUCUGACAUAGUAAGCUUUCGAGAUCAGAGAAUUGAAGAUCUUUGUCUAGAUUUCACUCUUCCUGGAUAUCCUGAUAUUGUUCUCGCUUCAGGGACUGAUCGUUCAAUGGUAAAUAUGAGAAACCUAGAGGAUUAUGUUUCACUAAUUGUCAAUGCAACUGUGAGGUCUGGAAUUUCAAGACAAGUGAAAGCUUUUCAAUCUGGAUUUAACCAGAUUUUACCCAUUGAACGUAUUCAGAUCUUCAAUGAAGAAGAACUUGAGCGCGUGUUUUGUGGAGAGUCUGACUCUUGGGCUAUCAACGACCUUGAACAUCAGAUUAUAUUUCAUCAUGGGUACACUGCUAGAAGUCCUCCCAUUGUUAAUUUUUUGGAGAUUCUCCGAGAGUUUGAUCAUGAACAGAAACGAGCAUUUCUGCAGUUUGUGACUGGAGCACCUCGACUUCCACUAGGAGGGUUGGCAUCUCUUUCUCCGAUGUUAACUAUUGUCAGAAAGCAUUCUAACCACCAUCCAGACACAGACCUACCAAGUGUCAUGACUUGUGUUAAUUAUCUCAAGCUACCUCCUUAUUCAUCAAAAGAAAUAAUGAAAGAGAAGUUGUUAUAUGUCAUAACAGAGGGUCAAGGAUCUUUUCAUCUUUCGUGAUUCCACUCCCUGUACUGGUCGGUUUUUGAGCUAUAAAGAUGCAGUUUUAGGGUAAUGGUGCUACUGAGUUUCUGGCAGAAGUCUGAAAUGAAUCUGUUUUCACUUACUACACAGUAUGGUUUUACUUGAUGGAUUAGUAUCAAUUGUACAGAAACAGAAGGUUAUUGACUAAGGGUUAUUUGCUUAAUUUCCAUGUACAGUUCUUGUAUAUAUACAC